UAUUUCCCUGUCCAACUCAUAGUCUUCUCCAAUUGUUUUAACUUUACACCGGAAAUUAGUUGCCAAGGAUGCAUAACUACUUCCUUGGCAACCAACGAGUCCUUGACGACCUCUGGAGAAAACGAGCAGAACAAUGGCGAAAAUAAUCAGUGACAAAAAAUCACUUUGGCAACAAGUGUGUGAAGAGUAUGAAGCUGAGCAGCCUAGUCCUCCCAGUGCUGUGUGGACAGAUAGCAGCUCAGUGAGCACCCAGUUCUCCCAGUACAGCGCCAGUACACACUCCCCAGUCUUCUAUGGACUCACCACAGCCAAGGUGUCUGUGGAUGAUGAUCCUCUGAGAGACUUUGACCCACUUCUUUCCCACCCUGCUCUUGCUGCCUACUCUGUGUUAGCAAAACCCCCUCCACCAAGCCAGAAGUGCCCAUCAGCAGCUCAAAGUACAUCGCCUCCACAAAUCCAUGAAUGUCCUGUCACUCGUCUUAUGGAGAGGAAGUUGUUUCCAGUGUUGUUGCCUGGACUGGAGGCUUUGCUGAGAGACGCUCAGAAACAUGGCUGUUUCCAGAGGAAAAUGACAACAUUUAACCCAUGUGACUUCCUAACUGAGUGGCUAUACAACCACAACCCCCGCAGGCAAGGACAGGUGGCAGUGAACUUCCAUAACAUCCCCUUUGUCAAGGACUGGCUCAGCAUGCAUCCCAGACGUCCCAUCCCCAUGUUUCUAUUGCUGAGUGAAGAUCAGGCUGCUCUGCUCAUCCAGGCUUUCUGGAGGGGAUACAAGAUCAGAGCUCGCCCAGAUGUGCAGGAACUACGUCAGUGGCAAAAAAAACUGAGAGAGAACCACAACAUUGCCAAAACAGUCGAACAGUUCUGGGCCCAACAAGAGAGCCGAGUGGGCUCAGCUAUGACAGAUAUUCCAGAAAGCCCCCAGCCUGGUAACUCUGAUGUGUCCAUCCAAGUGGUUUCCCCCACCCCCCAGAGCACCGUGGUCCACACCCCUACCACCCAGACGACCCCUGAGGCUGGCUACAAAGAGGCCACUGCUCGACCCCCUGAUUGGUGGAAGUUGUACCUGGAGCCAGAGAGAAAGGUUGUUGCUGCAGGUUGGAAAAAGACUGCAAACUCGUCUGCAGUUGGUGUUACUGGUGUUACACGUUGUUCGGGCACACACCAAUUACAUAACUUGCCCACCGACCCCGCCAUCUUUGUUUCAUAGAUAUAACCAUGGCAUCUCUACUGUUCAAUAAUCAAAGCUAAGGCAGUAAAGGACAGCGCUCUUUAUAGUACACUAGUAUAGCUCCUUAUGAUACAGUAUUUGUCAAUCACAAAAUCUCUGUUAAUGGAAACCUUUAAGUGGCGUUAGUGUGUUGACUUCUUUCUUGAAAUUAGACCACCGUUAAUUUGGAAAACCUGAUAACGAUUCCGUUGUAAUAUAUUGUAUCAUUUGCUCGAUUGAUUUGACUCAAAAUGGCAUUCACACAUUCACAGUUUGUUUGUUUUUGAAGAAUCUCUGACUUUAUGAAACCAAACCUUCACCCCAUUCUACCCUUGUUUAUUUGAACAUAAACAGUCUCUCAUCAUCUGGCGGUGGUCUGUCCCAGAUUUUACACUUUGGAGAAGCAGUAUGUAAUUAUUGGGCUCCGCGAAACUGGAUCUAAUACCUGCCCAGACUCUUACCAUUUUUGAACCCAAGUUAAAAUGUUUUAUGCUCUCCAUUCCAUGUUAAAGCAGUAGUUAAUAGUUGGGAGCUAAGCUUAGCCUUAGCUUAGUAUUUACCGUACAGACAUGAGAGCUGUACCGGUCUUCUCAUCUAAAGCGAAGGUUUGAUUAAAUGUCUAACCAUUCUGUUAACUCAAUGUUACAAACACACUGCAAUCCUGCACUGUCUACCAGUUAAUUCUCUGCUCUUUCAUCUUUUUCAUUAGUUUUAUAAAACUCAAUGUCUCAUUUAAUAUCUUAUACAAAGCACUUUGUUUUAAAUAUGCAGUAUAAAUAAGCUCACCUUUCCUUUCAAAUGGAGGCACAAAAACAUUGUUCGUGCACACUGAUGAUAUUUUAUGCAGAGCAGCUUAAGGAGAACUCUGCAUUCCCUUUGUCGGCUACAUCAGCUACAAUCUCUAGGAAUAGUGACUACAAAUGAUCUUUCAGUCAGCAGAGUGUUGAUUCAGCAUUUUACCCGCCAGAGAUGUGUGGGUGGGGGUGGGGGUGGGGGUGGGGGGGGGGGGGGGGGGCUGUGCUGUGCUGUCGUGGGGCUUAAUUCAUAACACAGUGGCUGGAAAGUGGUUCACCUGUGCCAGCCAGAGUGCCCAUUCAUCCUGCAUAAUGAAGGGCGUGACAGGCCCGGCAGACAGUCGCAUCACUCAGUGGACAGAUAGCAUCGCGGCUUAUUUACACACACAGGAACACAUGGACGUUCUCUUGCACUCACCCGUACAUAAAUCAAUAUCAGAUGAAUGACUGUUUGUGACAAACCCAUCCAUGCAUGUGUCCACGAAAUACAAUACACACAGGCACGUGAACAUACACUCACAAACUGAUACUGCACGCAAACACUCACACCUCUCCCUCAUUCUUGUGCAAUGGCAUACGGUCUAGAACGCACAAAUGUGCAUGCAGUCUUGUUGGCAUGGUCGAAUGAGAGAGCGGCGUGUAAGCGGC